AUGGACACCCUGCUUGUGCUCCUCUGUUACAGGCAGCUCUUGCCAUGGCUCAGGGUCAAGAGUGAUGACAGCAAAGGUGACUUCUACAAUGAGACCGAAGCAAGGAUAUUCCUGCAGUUUUAUGACAAAACAGCCCAGGUUGUGUUGAACCAGUUCAUGGAGGCUACUUGGAACUAUGUCACCAACAUCACCAAGAAAAAUCAAGAGGAGAUGCUGCGCAAGGACGCGGAGAGAUCCAAGUUCAUGGUGUACUUUGGCACCCGGGCGCGCCUAUUUAAGAUUGCUCAGUUCCAGGACCUGGCCGUGAAGUGCAUGCUGAGUAAGCUGCAGGACAUAGGCAAGGCGGCCUUGCCCAAGGACGAGCUCCAGGAGUACAACAAGCUUCUGGCCUACAUGGAGACAACGUACAGUAUGGCCCAGGUGUGCCUGAAUGAGGGCCUCUGCCUGCCUCUGGAGCCUGACCUCAAAGAAAUCAUGGCCACCUCCAGGGACCAGAAGGAGCUGCUGUGGGCCUGGCAGGGCUGGCGGGAUGCCGUGGGACUCGAGAUCAAAAAAAUCUUUGAGUAAUACGUGGAGCUCAGCAACAAGGCCACGCAGCUCAAUGGUUACAGAGACAUGGGGGCCUUGUGGCACUACCAGUACGAGUCUGACACCCUGGAGCAAGACCUGGAGCCGCUCUACCUGAACCUGCACGCCUACGUGCGCCGGGCCCUGCACUGCCACUACGGGCCCAAAGUCAUCGACCUGAGGGGGCCCAUCCCUGCCCAUCUCCUGGGGAACAUGUGGGCCCAGUCCUGGGUCAACAUCUUAGACCUGGUCCUUCCCUUCCCGGAGAAGACCCCUGAGGACAUCACAAAGAUCAUGAAAGCACCCCACCGCCCCCUCCCCCACAGCACUUGGAGGCCAGAGAAAAUGUUUCAAGAGGCUGCAAAAUUCUUCUCCUUGGGGCUGCCGCCCACCCCACCCAACUUCUGGGAGUCCAUGCUGCAGAGGCCAACAGAUGGGCAGGAAGUGGAUUGCCAAGCCUCUGCCUGGAACUUCUACAAAGACGACGACUUCAGGAUAAAGAAGUGCACCGAGGUGACCAUAGAAGACCUGCUCUCCAUCUCCCACCAGAUGGGCCACACCCAGGACUUCCUGCAGUAUAAGAACCUCUCUGUCAUCUUCCUCGCAGGAGCCAACCCAGCCUUUGAAGAGGCCGUGGGGUCGGUGAUCACCCUCUCGGCCUCCUCCCACAAGCACCUGCUCAACAGAGGCCUGCUCAGCCUCCAGCACCAGGACCCAGAGGAGGAGGUCAACUUCCUGAUGAGCAUGGCCCUGGAGAAGAUUGCCUUCAUCCCCUUCAGCUACAUCAUGGAUCUCUUUCGCUGGAAGGUCUUUGAUGGCACCGUCAAGACGGACAUCUACAACCAGGAGUGGUGGAACCUCAGGUUGAGGUACCAGGGCCUCUGUGUCCCCCCCCCGCCCCUCCCCGUUCCUCACUCAGAGGAGGACUUUGAUCCAGGUGCCAAGUUCCACAUUUCUGCCAGUGUGACCUACAUACGGUACUUCCUCAGCCUAGUGCUCCAGUUCCAGUUCCACGAAGCGCUGUGCAAGGCCUCAGGCCACACGGGCCCAUUGCACCAGUGUGACAUCUAUAACUCCAAGAUAGCUGGGAAACUCCUGAGGGAUGCUCUAAAACUGGGCUCAAGCAAGCCCUGGCCAGAGGUCCUGUAGAAGCUGACCGGGCAGUCCAGCGUGUCUACAAGAGCCCUCGUGGCCUACUUCAGACCCCUGCUGAACUGGCUGGUGACUGAGAACGUGCAGCAAGGGGAGAUCCUGGGCUGGCCAGACUUCAGCUAUUCCUUUGAAGAAAAAGACACAAACAAAGUGACAUUCCUGAAUCUGCGGCUGAACCCUGACCAGGCCAAGUUUGGUCAGUGGCUGCUGCUGAUCCUGAGCUGUGCCCUGUUGGUGGUGACCCUGAGGCUGGCCUACAGGCUGUACUUAGUGGAAAAACAGUCACUGGCCCAAGAAGGCAUGCUAUUCAGCUCACUGUUCACUGCCUACUUCCUGGGAAUGACCAUGGAGCCCCAGCAGGUUGCCAGAAGACAGCGGCUACUGCUUGGCCUCUGCCUUGUCCUGAUGCUAGGUUCAGGAACUAUGGCUCUAGUGACCCAGUGGCUGUGUCCCUCCAACCCAGCCCCUACCCCAAGUCUUGCCCAGAACUGGUUCUUCACAUAG